UUUUUGUUUUUGGACUGAGAACUAUCGGCAGCAGGCAACGUCAUCACACAGGACCAGGCAAAUCAUCUCAAUGUACAACUACCUGUUCAUUUAACCAAUCCAACAACCACAGAUUGUACAAUGAGGAAGCGAGGAGAAUUACAAGCAGAAAAUGGACGUUCUUCAUUGAGUGAAAAAGGAAGUAGUUACCAAAUCAAAGAAAUGAAGGACGCACCGCUUAUUUGGAGUUGGAAAGGUGAAGGCAAAAAUAUUGCCCUGCUCUUCUUUUUGUAUUUGCUGCAAGGAAUUCCUUUAGGAUUGACUGCCAGCAUUCCCCUCAUGCUACAGAACCGGCAUGUUAGCUACAAAGAACAAGCAGAAUUCAGUCUUGUGUUUUGGCCAUUUAGCCUGAAACUCCUAUGGGCUCCAAUAGUGGACUCCUUGUAUUCAUCUAAGAUGGGGAGAAGAAAAACUUGGCUUGUUCCUGUACAGUACCUGAUUGGAGUGGCUAUGCUGUUUUUGUCAACUAGGGUGGACCAAUAUCUGGAUUCAGAAGGGUCCCCUAAUAUCCAACUGUUAACUGCAGCAUUCUUUAUUCUAAACUUUUUAGCUGCAACUCAAGACAUUGCUGUUGAUGGAUGGGCAUUAACAAUGUUGCACAGGAAAAAUGUGGGUUAUGCUUCUACUUGCAACAGUGUUGGUCAAACUGCUGGUUAUUUUUUAGGCUAUGUUGUUUUUGUAGCUUUUGAAUCUGCAGAUUUCUGCAACAAAUAUCUAAGGAAUCAUCCUGAACCAAAUGGUCUUCUAACAUUAUCAGGGUUCCUUUAUUUUUGGGGAAUCAUUUUCUUUAUCACCACGACGCUUGUGUGGUUUUUCAAAAGAGAGAAAACACAAGCACAAGAAAAUAACGAAAGAGACGGCCAUGAAGGCGAUGAGCAGGAUUUAAGCAUUAUGGAGACUUACAAGCUAUUGCUCAAAAUAUUUAAACUUCCUGUCAUCAGGUGGACUGUAGUAGUUCUCUUAACCUGCAAGAUAGGAUUUUCAGCGUCCGAUGCAGUUUCCGGUCUUAAAUUAGUUGAAAUGGGAGUUCCCAAAGCGCAAUUAGCCUUGUUAGCGGUCCCUUUAGUCCCACUUCAAAUUGUCCUGCCACUUUUCAUAAGCCGAUACACUGCCGGGCCUCGGCCCAUGCAAGUUUUUAUAAAAGCCAUUCCUUAUAGGUUAAUGUUCGGAUUUGUUUAUGCUGGUCUGGUAUGGAUAACUCCCUGGUUUCAAAGCAGCGACGGCCAGUUUCCUUUUUAUUACUAUUUAAUCGUUGUUAUCAUUUACGCUAUACAUCAGGUCACAGUGUACAGUAUGUUUGUUGCCGUGAUGGCAUUCUUUGCCAAAGUUAGUGAUCCUCAGGUUGGCGGAACCUAUAUGACGCUACUAAACACAGUGUGCAAUCUUGGGGGCAACUGGCCCUCUACGUUAGCUCUUUGGUCCGUUGAUGCUUUGACUUGGAAAAGCUGCCACACAGGAAAUUCUAUCGUCGGUGAAACUAACAAGUGCCGCAAUUCCGCCGAAACACUGUUAUGUACUGAAGCUGGAGGUCAAUGCGUCGUCGACUUGGAUGGUUUUUACGUUGAAUCGCUUAUAUGCAUUGUUUUCGGAUUUCUAUGGCUCCGUUGGGGUCGCCGUGUUAUUCAGCAGUUGCAGUCAAAGGACGAAAGUGCAUGGAAAGUGCGCAACAAUUUGUAAAAGGAAAUGGUUUCAUUUGCGUUUUGCAUUACUCUCUGGAAAGGGAUAUGCGCAUAACACAGUGUGUUAUUUUCAUCAUGCCUACAUUUUUCUGGAAUGUUAAAAUGUAUUAUUAAUACAUGUUUUAAUGGUU